AAAGAGAGAGAGAAAAGAAAGAGAGAAUAGCGACAAAGGGUUGAUUCUAUAUGUUACGGGAAGGUAAGUGGAGGUGGAUCGCAUAGGGCGGACGAUGCGUUCGUUCUCGCGAUAAAGCCGACGCCGUUGCCAGUAGCGUCGCGGUGCCGGGCCGGCGCGGUUUCUCUCCUUCCGAUCUCAUUGCAAACCCCGCUUUUGUUCUAUUUUCAAAUUUUGCUCCGACCGUGAGCAUCAAUCUCUCGGUGCAUGUUGCCGACGCCGGAGGUUUUAUAGCUCGGUCAGAGAAGAGGAGGAGGAGCAAAAUGCAAAAGGGAUUGUAUUCUCGUUAACGGAGAAGAAAAAUAUUUGUCGCUUUGAAUUGGAAUGGCCAUGUCCUCCUGGCCAUACACAACGAGCUCUACUCUAUCUCCGUCGUUCAUAAUGUUGACGCUUACAACGCGAAUACCGUUGGCACUAACGUCGAAUUAUACCAAGGCCAACGGAAUCGUUCACGACGACGAUAUGACGAAGGAGGUGGACGACGAGGAGGAGGAAUACAUGCCGUAUAGCGAUCGACCUGAGACGUACAUCGUACCCAUCAUCUUCCUCCUGAUCCUGCUGAUCGGCCUCACCGGAAAUGGCGUGCUAGCCCUCACGAUCCUACGUCACACGAAUAUGAGAAACGUACCCAACACAUACGUGCUGUCGCUGGCGCUCGGCGAUUUACUGGUCAUAGUAACGUGUGUUCCGUUCACCUUUACCGUCUACAUUUUGGAUUCCUGGCCUUUCGGACUAUUACUAUGCAAACUUUCCGAAUGCGCCAAGGACAUCUCCAUCGGCGUUUCCGUUUUCACGCUGACUGCUCUCUCAGCGGACAGAUUCUUCGCCAUCGUGGAUCCUAUGCGAAAAUUACACGUCACAGGUAGCGGAAGACGCGCGACGCGCUUCACCGUGGUGGUUGCGGUGCUGAUUUGGAUUUUGGCUAUAGUAUGCGCGAUCCCGGCUUCCUUCUCGUAUAUCAGAGUCUUCAAGGUCAACCGGAAUGUGAGCUUCUGCGCGUGCUAUCCGUAUCCGGAGGAGUUUGGGCCAAAUUAUCCAAAGGUUUUAGCGAUAUGCCGCUUCUUCAUCUACUACGUGAUACCCCUCAGCAUCAUCGCCGUUUUCUACAUGUUGAUGGCCAGGCAUUUAAUGCGCAGUACGAAAAAUAUAAUCGGCGAGAUGCAGGGCCAGGUGAAGCAAGUACAAGCCCGUAAAAAAGUAGCGAAGAUGGUGAUGGCCUUCGUCAUUGUGUUCGCCGUAUGUUUUUUACCGCAGCACGUAUUCAAGCUAUGGUUUUACAUUCAUCCGACUGCGCCAAUGGAUUACAAUGCCUUUUGGCAUUAUUUCCGUAUUUUGGGUUUCUGCCUCGCUUUCACCAACAGCUGUAUUAAUCCCAUCGCUCUCUACUGCGUGAGUGGUACUUUCAGAAAGUAUUUUGACAGAUAUCUAUUGUGUUGCACCACGAAGAGGAUGCGAAGGCGGAAUCGACGGUAUUCGGAUCUAAGUUCUCGCGUACGAGGGCAAAGUUUCUCACUUGUCAGUUCGAGAAAGUAUCUGGGCGAUUCUCGUCGGGAGCAACGAAGUGUCAUGCGUCUCUCUAUCCUGGCGGGUGACGUGCGAUCGAAUAUGCCGAUCAAGGAGCAAGAAACUACUAUCACUCUGUCAGCAUAUCCGAACGGCGUCGACGAAUCGUUAAAAAGUCAACGAAUUUUGACAGAACCAAACGUACGAGAUCGAUUAGUUCCCACGUAGAGAAAAUAACUGAACGACAUUGCAUAAGUGAGUGUAAAAUAAUUUCUACACUGAGAAAAAAAAGUUGUUGAUUUGACUAAAUCUGUUCAACUGAUUAUUAUUUCUUUAAUUGAAAUAUUUAAAUAUUUAAGUUAGAUACGACAUAUUAAAUUUAACAUGACGUAUUUGACUUAAAUACUUAAAUAUUUCAAUUAAAAAAAUAAUAAUCAGUUGAACAUAUUUAGUCAAAUUAUUAAUUUUUUUUUCUCAGUGUGUGUCAUUUAAUAUAUUGAUCGAAUUUAUAUUUUAAUUAAUAUCUUUUCACUAAUUCCCGAACCAUAAUUUAUCUAGUCGCGGCUACUUAAAGUAGAAAGUUAAAAUCGACGAUAUUUGAGUUACUCUGUUACAGUAUUAGGGUGGCAUAUUGUUCCUUAACACAAUUCGAGAUAAUGUCGCACGCGCGUAAGUUUCUGUUUAAACAUAUUUGCGUUUCUCACAUAUAUAAAGAGACAUAUUUAAUGAUAAGGUGUUGAUAAUAGUGUCAGCGAUAAUUAACGAUAAGCAAAGUAAACAGAACUGAUUUCGUAUGCUUUUUUGAAGAAUUUCAAUGUAUUGUCCGACCAAUAAAUACUACAUUCCGCCGAAUAAAUUAUGCUAUUAGAAUUUAUAGCUUAGACAAAAGUAAAACAAAAUAAGAUUUUAAGGCAAAAGCAACUGCUAAUGUAUACUACUAUUUGUAUAGGAAAGUAAAUAGAAGCGUUAAAAGCCAAAAUUGUAUUAUCAAACGAUUCUUAUAUAAUUACUGUAAAGAUAGUAUAAUAAGUAAAUAAAGAAUUAUUUAAGUCUGCAAAUCUUGAUCUCAAUUGGAUAAAAUCCGAGAUUCCGACUCGGCAACCGAGUUAUAUAUUUUUAUGAUGUGUAUCUACAUAAUUAUAUAUGUAUACUUAGCACAUAUUUAUUAUGUGUUACUUUAUACUUUAUAAUUGUACAAAAACAGGGGAUAUUCGAGAAUUAGGAAUAAAAAGUACAAAUGUUAAAAUAUAUAUGAAUACGAAUUAAAUAAACAGUAUUGUAAACCGGAA